UUUACAAAAUCUGUGGUUACAUACUAUUAAAAAUGGAAAGCCAGUAGCCACUUCAAGCAUGCAUUGUAAAGAUUCAUUGACAGUUUGGCUUUUUUCACCUCACCCUACUUACAUGUCUGGAUUUCUUCUUCUGUAUUUUUUUCCUGCAGUAAAAUAUUCCUUCCUGAAUUAGUUGCGGCCCAAGAUGAACACCAGUGGACCAGCAUAUCCCCUUGCUUCAUUAUAUGUGGGUGACCUACAUCCUGAUGUUACGGAGGCCAUGCUCUACCAGAAGUUUUCUCCUGCUGGACCCAUCAUGUCAAUUCGUGUGUGCCGUGACAUUAUCACUCGCAGGUCCUUAGGAUAUGCCUACAUAAACUUUCAGCAACCUGCUGAUGCUGAGUGUGCCCUGGAUACAAUGAACUAUGACGUCAUCAAAGGCCGUCCUAUUCGGAUAAUGUGGUCUCAGCGUGACCCAGGACUCAGGAAGUCUGGUGUGGGUAACAUCUUUAUUAAGAACAUGGACGAGUCUAUUGACAACAAGGCAUUGUAUGACACCUUCUCAGCCUUUGGAAAUAUCUUAUCCUGCAAGGUUGUAUGUGAUGAAAAGGGUUCCAAAGGUUAUGGAUUUGUUCACUUUGAGACAAACGAGGCUGCAAAUCGUGCUAUUGAAACCAUGAAUGGGAUGCUGCUGAAUGACAGGAAAGUUCGGGAAACAGGUUUUCAGUUGGAAUCUGGCAUUGACAAGCCAAAGGCCCCUUUCCUGUGGGAAAAAUGUCAGUUCUCCCUGUGUAGUUUUGUUGGCCACUUCAAAUCUCGCAAGGAGAGAGAGUUGGAGUUUGGCACAAAGGCUAUGGCAUUCACCAAUGUGUACAUUAAAAACUUUGGUGAUGACUACACUGAUGAAAAACUUAAGGAAAUGUUUUCUGCAUUUGGAAGAACUCUCAGCGUGCGGGUGAUGAAGGAUGAGAUGGGCCAUUCACGUGGAUUUGGCUUUGUAAAUUAUGCUAACCACGAGGAUGCUCAAAAGGCAGUUGAGGAAAUGAAUGGAAAGGAGGUAGAUGGGAAAACAAUCUACGUAGGACGGGCUCAGAAGCGGCUGGAACGCCAGGGAGAGCUAAAGCGCAAGUUUGACCAGAUCAAACAGGACCGCAUUCAGCGCUAUCAGGGUGUGAAUCUGUAUGUGAAGAACCUGGACGAUACCAUUGAUGAUGAGAGGCUACGGAAGGAGUUCGCACCAUAUGGGACCAUCACAAGUGCCAAGGUCAUGACAGACGGCCCCCAAAGCAAAGGCUUUGGCUUUGUCUGCUUCUCUUCACCGGAGGAAGCAACUAAAGCUGUUACUGAAAUGAAUGGCAGAAUUGUUGCAACCAAACCAUUAUAUGUGGCUCUGGCUCAGCGCAGAGAGGAACGAAAAGCUAUUCUCACCAAUAAGUACAUGCAGAGACUUGCUACCUUGAGGACCAUGACAAGUCCGAUCAUUGACUCGUACCAGCAGGCUGGAUACUACAUGACUGUACCACAGCCUCCCACUCGUUCCUUCUACAACCAUAAUGCUGGUGGCAACCUGAGAACUGUGCCUCGCUGGACAGGUCAAGCAUCACGAUUCCAGAGUCCCUAUUCGGCUCAGUAUGCUGGCAGUACAAGUUCUCGACGUGCUUCAACUUCCAUUGCUACAGUCAGGCAAGCUUCCACCCAAGCGCCACGCGUUGUAAAUUCUACACAAAAGACGAUAAACAUUGGGACCCAGACGGUGGGUGGACGCACUGAUGUGUCUGGUGUGGCCAGAAGCAACCAGUACAAGUACUCAUUUGCAGUGAGAAACCCUCAGCAGGUCAUUGCUAUACCUGCUCCGAUGACCAGAGUACAGGUUGCUCCUGCGCAUGUGAUGGAGCCAACAGUGCACGUUCAAGGCCCCGAGCCCCUCACCGCCUCUGUGCUGGCUGCAGCACCCCUCAUGGAUCAGAAACAGCUUCUGGGUGAGCGAUUGUACCCACUGAUCCAUGCCCUUCACCCCACACUGGCUGGAAAGAUCACAGGGAUGCUGCUGGAGAUCGACAACGCAGAGCUGCUACACAUGCUGGAAUCACCAGAGUCUUUGCAUUCUAAGGUGGAGGAGGCGAUUGCUGUCCUACAAGCUCACCAGGCAAAGGAACACUCUCCUAAAAAGUGAAAAACCCUUUCAGAUAUUGACAAUGUUCUGGAGGAGGAAAAAUGACAAAAAGAGUAAAAUGACAAAAUUGAAAAAAAAAGUUUGUGUGCAUUAGACAGUUAAGAAAUUUGUGAAGUUGAAUCUAUUUUGUUGUUGAAAAUACUUUGUGUUAGAGAAUAAAGUUCAGAAUAUGUGCAUUAAA